GUAAACCGUAGAUUUUCAUACUGGUAGUGAAUAUCGAAACACAGCCGCAAUUGCAUUCUUCGAUCGAAUUCGCCUAUUCGCCAUUGCUCAUCAUGAGCUCAGCGCGGAUUGUUAGGUCUUUCUGACGUCUAGAGAAGUGUGACUGCAACUGUGGUGUUGAUAGUUUGACGAGAUGUUGAGGCUACCGGUCGUGCGGGCCACAGGCCUGGCAAAUGGAAGAUUCUGUGCUGUCAAUUUUCAUACAACAUCCAACAAGUCGCAGCAGGAAUUGGUCGAGCUCUUCAUUGACGACAAGCCUGUACAAGUACCACCGGGAACAACAGUCUUACAGGCUGCUGCCAAAGUAGGAGUUGAAAUACCAAGAUUUUGUUAUCAUGAACGUCUUGCUGUAGCUGGUAAUUGCAGGAUGUGUCUUGUUGAAAUAGAAAAGCAAGUUAAGCCAAUUGCUGCAUGUGCUAUGCCAGUAAUGAAAGGUUGGAAAGUGAAAACCAACUCCGAUUUGACACGGAAAGCUCGCGAGGGUGUUAUGGAAUUUUUAUUGGUUAAUCAUCCAUUGGACUGUCCAAUCUGUGACCAGGGUGGUGAAUGUGAUUUACAAGAUCAAAGCAUGGCUUUUGGAUCUGACAGGAGUAGAUUCGUCGAUAUUAAUUACUCUGGGAAAAGAGCAGUGGAAGAUAAAGACCUUGGACCCUUAAUCAAAACAGUUAUGACACGCUGCAUACAUUGCACAAGGUGCAUUCGGUUUGCUUCAGAAGUAGCUGGUAUUGAUGAUUUGGGAACUACUGGUCGUGGUAAUGAUAUGCAGGUGGGAACAUAUAUCGAAAAGAUGUUUUUGUCAGAGUUAUCUGGCAAUAUCAUUGAUCUUUGUCCUGUGGGUGCAUUAACCAGUAAACCGUAUGCGUUUGUUGCUCGUCCAUGGGAAACACGUCGCACGGACAGUAUUGACGUUCACGAUGCCGUUGGUAGCAACAUAGUUAUCUCUCACAGAACCGGUGAAGUUUUGAGAAUACUACCAAGAGUAAAUGAGGAAGUGAAUGAGGAAUGGCUUUCGGACAAAGCUCGUUUUUCAUAUGAUGGACUCAAAAGACAAAGGCUCAUUACGCCAAUGAUCAAAAUUAACGGAAAAUUGCAAGCUGUAGAUUGGGAGGAUGCGCUCGUUGCUGCUGCUAGAUCCAUAGCGAAUGUGCCGGCAGAUAAAUGUGCUACGAUUGCUGGGAAAUUGGCAGACGCGGAGGCUCUUAUCGCCAUGAAAGAUUUAGUGAACAAAUUGGGUAGCGAAAAUUUAGCGACGGAACAAUGUUUCCCGAAGGAUGGAUCGGGCAUCGAUCUCAGAAGUAGUUAUCUAUUGAAUAACACUAUUGCUGCUAUUGAAGAUGCAGAUGUCGUACUAUUGAUUGGUACAAACCCGAGAUACGAAGCACCACUAAUAAAUACGCGUCUCAGGAAAGGCUAUAUACAUGGCGAACAAACAAUUGCCCUUAUCGGUUCGGACGUAGAUCUAACAUACGAACAUGAGCAUUUGGGAGAAUCCUUCGACGUAAUAGCAAAAUUAUGUGACGGUUCACAUCCAUUUUCGGCAACUCUGAAAGAGGCUAAAAAACCACUUAUUAUCUUAGGUGCUAAUCAGCUAACUCGAAAAGACGGAGCUAGAAUUCUCUAUGAAACGCAAACAUUGACGAAGGCUUUAGGAGAUAACUCGAAAGCUUCCCAGGAUUGGAAGAUUUUAAAUAUAUUGCAUACAAAUGCUUCUCAAGUCGCCGCCUUAGAUAUCGGUUAUGGUUCGACUGUAGAAGAAAUCAAAGAGCAACAACCGAAAGUUUUGUUCCUUUUGGGUGCUGAUGAUACAAAUAUUAAAAAAGAAGAUUUUCCAAAUACAUUUAUCAUUUAUAUAGGAAGUCACGGUGACGCCGGAGCGGCCAUUGCGGAUAUAGUACUAGCUGGAGCAGCAUACACUGAAAAAGUUGCAAGUUAUGUUAAUACAGAAGGACGCUCCCAACAAACGUGCGCGGCAAUUACACCACCUGGUUUAGCACGUCCAGAUUGGAAAAUUAUUCGUGCCCUUUCCGAGAUGGCUGGUAUUACUUUGCCAUAUGAUAAUUUAAACGAAAUUAGAUUCAGGCUUGAAGAAGUCGCGCCACAUUUGGUACGAUAUGGUAAUAUUGAACCAGCUAAUUUCUUUACACAAGCUUUGGAGAUAGCCAAGCAACAAUCUGGAGGAUCACUUUUACCAGACCCCGUUGACAUCAAACAAAAGACAUUGGAUCAGUUUUUCAUGACUGACGUAGUAUCACGAGCAUCUCCAACUAUGGCAAAGUGCAUUCAAGCAGUCAUGAAACAACGACAAAGUGCAGUAUAAAUCAUUCAAUAUUGUAUUGAAUAAAAUUCUCAUCUAGUAGUUAUUUGGUAAUACUGGCUAGAUAUUGACAUCUCGCAGCCAGUAAUAAAAUAAUUACAGAAACAAAGCAUUAAAAUGUAUUUAUAGAACUCUGUAUAUUAAAUAAUUCUGAAAAUGGGAAU